UAAAAAGCGGAACAAUUGCGGAGGUUCUUCUGUUAACGGUAUAUUUAAUAGAAGUAUGAUUGGAUAUCAUUACUUCGAUGUACAACUGAAAUUUCGGGAUUUUGAUAACGUUGAACUUACGCCUAUUUAUUUUCGGGGCUGCGUUUUGAACUCUUUGGAGAAAUUCUUUGGUGAAAUAGGCGGCAAGACAAGUUUGGAUAUUGUGAAAUUUAGCGUUGAACAGCGACGCGUUGUUUUCCGCGUUCCCGAGGAGUUCUACAAGCGCAUCCAUACGGUAAUCACAUUAAUUGGCCACUACCAGGAAGUACCCUGUCAUUUUCAAGUGUUGAAAACAUCUCGAACCCCAUUGGACUUCAAAAAGCAUUUAAUCGGAGAAGAUUAUUGUGAAGAAGAUUAGUUAGACUACAAUAUACUUAAAGC